GAGGAGAGGAUGCGACCUGUGCGUUAGGUGGACCGUCUCUCUGCUGACGCGCGGAUGCACGGACUCGGAGCUCCUUCAUUUAACUCUUUCAUUCCUCCGAGCUCGUUGGAAGGCUCUGAAAACUAAUCAGGUGCUAAGAUGGGGAACGGUUCAAUGAAAUCAAAGCGUUACAAACAAACCGACGGCUCUGCCCACAAAGAUCACGGCGGUGGGUUCAAAAACUCAACCCUGGAUUUAUUGAGGGCCCGGGUGGAAGAGUUGGAGCGUGAGGGCAAGAGGAAGGAUGAGGAGCUUUGUGUCAGAGAGCAGCAGAUCAAAGGUCUCCAGGAGCAGCUGGCCAAACAGACACGAGUACUGGCCGAGAUGAGUGAGGAGCUGCAGAAUAAAUGCAUCCAGCUCAACAAACUGCUGGACGUGUUGAAGAGUGGCACAUCGGCAGGUCUUACUUCGCGGCCUCCUUCUGUCAAAGCCAGCUGUAAGGGCAGCCCCAACCUCAGCAUCCGCAUCAAGGAAACCCUGAACAGAAGGAAAGGUGCCAAAGCCGGGGUAUCUGCUGAACCGACAUCCAGGACGUACGACUCCAGCGGCCUGCCCAAGUUCUCCUUUGAGAAGGCUCGGGUACCAAAGGAAGCAAGUGUAAAGAAGCUGCUGACCGACGCCCUCAACAAGAACCAGUACCUGAAGAGGCUGGAGCUGCAGCAGAUCAAAGACAUGGUGGAGUGCAUGUAUGAGCGCACCUUCCAGCAGGGAGAGUACGUCAUCAAGCAGGGAGAGCUUGGGAACCAUCUGUUUGUCCUGGCAGAUGGGAAGCUGGAUGUGUUUCAGCAUAACAAACUGAUCACAUCAAUAGCGGUGUGGACUGCGUUUGGGGAGUUAGCCAUUCUGUACAACUGCACGCGGACCGCAUCAGUGCGAGUUGUGAACGAUGUGAGGACGUGGGCUUUGGAUCGAGAAGUUUUCCAGAACAUUAUGAGGAGGACGGCCGAGACGCGACACGAACAGUAUCGCAACUUCCUCCGAAGUGUUUCACUUUUGGCUAAUCUACCAGAGGACAAGCUAAGCAAAAUAGUGGACUGCCUCGAGGUGGAAUACUAUGACAAAGGAGAGUACGUCAUCCGCGAGGGAGAGGAGGGCAGCACUUUCUACAUCAUCGCACAGGGAAAGGUGAAGGUGACCCAGACUACCGAGGCCUACAAGCUGCCACAGAUCAUCAACACGCUGCAGAAGGGAGACUACUUUGGAGAAAAAGCACUCAUAAGUGAUGAUGUCAGGUCUGCCAAUAUCAUUGCUGAAGAGAACGGGGUGGAGUGCCUCGUCAUUGACAGAGAGACAUUUGAUCAGACGGUGGGCACCUUCAAUGAGCUGCAGAAGUACCUCCAAGGCUACGUGGCAACACUCGAUCGCGACGACAAGAAGAGACACGCCAAGAAGUCUGUGUCACGCCACCAAAGCCAGCCUCUGUCUCCUGAUGUCAUCCAGCUGAAGGAGCUGGUUUCCCGAUUCUCUUCAUCCAGGCCCUUUGAUCACCUGGAGGUCAUGGCUACCCUCGGGGUCGGUGGGUUUGGACGAGUAGAACUGGUGAAGGUGAAGGGUGAGGACAUCACCUUUGCACUCAAGGUCAUCAAGAAGAAGCACGUUGUGGACAAUAGGCAGGAAGAGCACAUCCACUCUGAGAGGAGGAUCCUUGCAGAGGCUCGCUCGCCUUUCGUAGUCAAACUAUAUCGCACGUUCAAGGAUCCCAAAUAUGUGUACAUGCUGCUGGAGGCCUGUCUGGGUGGAGAGGUUUGGAGUCUGCUUAGAGACAGGGGCAGCUUUGAUGAGCCGGCUGCUAAGUUCUGCGUGGGCUGCGUCACAGAGGCUUUUGAGUACCUCCAUCGCAAAGGUGUCCUCUACAGAGACCUGAAGCCUGAGAAUCUCAUACUGGAUGCUGAAGGAUACAUCAAACUGGUUGACUUUGGUUUUGCCAAGAAGAUUAGAUGUGGCCAGAAGACUUGGACCUUCUGUGGCACUCCAGAGUACGUGGCCCCGGAGAUUAUCCUCAACAAAGGCCACAACUUCAGCGUGGACUUCUGGUCUUUGGGCAUCCUGGUGUUUGAGCUUCUUACUGGCAGUCCUCCAUUCUCAGGAAGUGACCAGAUGAUGACGUACACUUUCAUAUUGAGGGGCAUUGAGAAGAUGGACUUCCCAAAGAAGAUAACAAAGAGACCGGAAGACCUCAUACGCAAGCUAUGCAGGCGGAACCCCUCAGAGCGACUGGGCAAUCUCAAAAAUGGAAUAACUGAUAUUAAGAAGCACAGGUGGUUUAAUGGCUUCAACUGGGAGGGGCUGAAGGCAAGAACCUUACUCUCUCCACUGAAAAGAGAACUCACAGGACCAACAGAUCACAGUUACUUCGACAGCUACCCUCCAGAUGAGGACAGUCCUCCUGAUGAGCUGUCUGGUUGGGACGUGGACUUCUGAGAACUUGUCCUCUGUCUUUUUUCCUUCCACUGCACACACUAACAACUCAAAUGUAAUAGGGAAGUUGGAGCUUAUGACCUGUACCAGCCAUGACUGAGGCCCUCAGCAGUUGCUCAGCUAUAUGACAGCUAAGCAAAUACAGGAUAUUACCAGAGUCUUGCACUACAAUAUGUGCGAUAGUGUAACGGUGUAUUAUUCGAUGUUACUUUCUAUUUAAGGCUACGUUUGACAAAGAAGAAGUUGAGACGAUUCAGAACAGUUUUAGCUGCUCCAACAGCAGCGCCAACAUUCAAGUGUUCAACAAAGCUAAACGUGAAGUACACGAGCUGUUACCUCACACUGGGCCACCACUCAUCAGGAAGAAUUUUAUUCUUAAUAACAACAGAAGGUUUUGGCUAACAGUGGUCAGUCUCACAUUAAUUAGUAUGCAGCUGCCUAGCUUGAUAUGCAGGGUUAAUGUAUUAAUCAUUAACUGACAAAACCUCAGCUGUAGUCCCUUUAUGCAAACAACAGAAAAGCGGAAUUUAGUCAUUUAUAAAAAUGUUGCUAAUAUUGGUGUUAAAUCAGGUGACGUUGGGUAAGGUAGCACUCUUUAGCGGGCUAACGUUAGUACGCUAAGACGAAACUCUGGCACAGAAUGAAUGAACUCAAUUUGUGGUGUUAUUGGUGAAUAUAACAACAGGUUGUUAUAGUCAGAGUAACUAACAACCAGUUAUCCUCAUAACCUCUCCACUGCCCACACAUGACAUGGAUAAAAACAGGAACAUCUUCUCUCCACUUAAAUCAUAAAGUGUGAGUAUCCCGCAGCCGGGAAUCCUUUUUUGAACUGCAGCCAAAGCUUUCCAAGGAGGAGUGGGGGUUUGGUCACUCUGAGGUGCUGAUGAUGUGAGGAGGACCAGCAGAGGCAGAAAGUCUUCAUGAGAAGAUUUAGAAGAACUUAAAAAUGUGUGUUUUCCAUUUUAAACACUUUGGGUUUGAAUCAGAUACCAUGUGUAUAUAUACUGAAUAAUGUAAAGCACAAGCAUCCCAAACACACAGUUUAUACAAUCUAAGCUACUCACUCCUUUAUGUAAACCUUAAAAAAUGAAUUUUGUAAAUAUCAUGUAUGUGUUCAGAGGAGCUGUGUCAUUUUUUUAUAAAUGCAUUUUUGUAACACACUUAAGCAAUCCUUUUAGAGUGAUCACUUUCAAAUGUGAACUUUCUCAUUGUGAAGCUUUUGACUCAGACGUGUGUAAAAUGUUAGAAGUAGUGCAUUAGCUCCUACUUAACACUGACCUACCCCAGAGCAGAUCAUUUCUUCUCCCUUCAGCAGCCCUAAAAGAGGUCUUACCUCUCGUUGGAUCACAAGCAAAGAUGCGGGAUGCCCUAAAGUGGCCCACUAGUUACUGUGAUGGACAACUGGAGGUGGAUUUUAAGGCUGUGCUCACAAGUUAUCCUCUUACUGCAGAGAGGACAUGAAUACAUCUGAUGGUGUUUUGGUUAAUGGUAGUCAGAUGAACCCUCUCUGACAAAGCUUGUAGUCUGUGUGUGAGAGUGAACAUCAUCCAUUUGACAAGCAGUUGUCAGAAUUUGGCCCUGAUGCUGGCUCUGUGAAAAGAUAACAUGAAGUUUGCACAACUCACUGGACCAUUUUCUAGGUCACUCAGAGGACGUCCCAUUAUGUACUUGUGCCUCUGAUAUGUGUGUCAAAAUAAGGAUCCUUUGACCUUUCGGGGAGGCAAAUCUGGCAAGUGGUUCGAAUGGUGAAUGAAGCAAAAAAACGCCUUUGUUUUCCAUGUACUUUGAUGACAUGCACCACAGUCCAGCUUGUUAGAACCUCAGAGGUCUCUGCAGAGGUGCAUGCUGACAGUCUGACCCCUCCAAUCAAUCAAUCAAUCAAUCAAUCAAUCAAUCAAUCAAUCAAUCAAUCAAUCAAUCAAUCAAUCAAUCAAUUGAAUGUGGGCAGCAGAGUGUUUAGUGUUGUUGCCUCACAGCUAGAAGGUGUGGGUUUGAUUCCACCUUGGCCCAGGCCUUUCUGUUCUCCCCAUGUCGGUUUUCUCCCACAGUCCAAAGACGUGCACUUACUGGGGUUAGGUUAACUGGUGA